GUGAUUUAUACUGCAUAAUUCGCGUAGGUGUAGUUGAUCCAGAAGAACAAGUUGGCUGCUGCAAAAAUGAACUUUGCUAUUCGACCUGCAACAAAAGCAGACUGUAAAGACAUAUGGCGACUGCUCAGGGAUUUGGCAAUUCAUGAAAACAUGCUCAACCAUAUGAUGGUGACUUACGAAGAACUGGAGCGGGAUGCUUUCAGUCAGAAUCCCUGGUUUGAAUCCCUUGUGGCAGAAGUACCAGAGGAAAAUAAAUCUAAAGAAGGAUUUAGAACCGUUGGUCUUGCAGUUUACUUUUACUCAUACAGUACAUGGAAAGGACGCACAGUUUAUUUGGAGGAUUUGUACGUGAUGCCAGAAUUCAGAGGGCACACCACCAAUGUCACAAAAAGACUUGGCAUUGGAAAUAAUUUGCUGAGCACACUUGCUAAGGUGGCGAGAGAAAAACAAUGUGUGCAGUUGGAGUUGAACGUGCUCGGCCAAAACAUUAGUUCCCGAUCCUUCUAUGCUGCUAAAGGAGCUGAGGACAUAACUGUCAGGGAUGAUUGGCACACGCUACGUUUUGAUGCACAAAGUCUAAGCAAUUUAGACUUUUUGGAAAAUGGAAGAAAGGGCAAUUUAAUGUAAUUUCCUCCUUGUGUAUGUACAGAUAUAUGUACAAAGAAAAAUAAACUUGAAAUACU